AUGUCAUACCAGCCCGAACCAAAGACUAUCUAUCCGGACCAUCAGGCCCAAGCCCCAUACGGACAACCUAUCCAUUCUCCUCCUCCAAAUUACCAGCAGCAGCAGCAGCAGCAUUAUCCUCAGCCGGACCAGCAGCAGCAAUUUCAACAGUCUCCUCCACCCCAACAAUUCCAACAGUCCCCUCCUCCUCCACAGCAGUAUCCUGCAUAUCAAGAGCACCAGCAUUCUCCCGCUCCACAGCCAAUCACUACUCCCGUACAACCUACACCGCAGCCACAAAUGGAGCAUAAGGGUAUCACCAACCAUGCCGGCCAGCCAGGUCCUUGGGAGCAUGGGAUGUGCGGUUGUUUCGGUGAUUGUGGAAAAUGCUGUGUGACUUUCUGGUGUCCAUGUAUCACCUACAGCAAGAUCCAGCACAGACUCCGACAUAAUGACAUGUCGAACUAUAGCAACUGCAAUGGUUCCUGCUGGGGCUUCUGCGCUUUGUCUUUCUGCGGUUUCCAGUGGGUCAUGAGUAUGAUUCAGAGAGGCGAGAUUAGACAGAGGUACAACCUCCAGGGAUCCGGAUGUGGUGAUUGCUGCAGGCAUUUCUGGUGCGAGUGCUGCACACUUAUCCAAGAAGAUCGUGAGACCGAAACUAGGAAGGCUCUGCUAGUUCCAGCCAACCAGGCUGGUUACCAGCAGUCAGCUGGGAUGGCAUACCCCCAACAUUAA